AGCGCAUCUCUUGAAUGAACCGGUCAUUGCUUCAUGGUUAUGUCCAGUUGUUGACCUGCAGUUAUCGUUAUUCGUUACCGAUCAACAUCCUUUGGAAAACAUCUCCGUGGUGUUCAUCUUAUUUAUGAAUGGCCAACUCCGUUGAGCUGGAGAAAGAUGCGGAGUUGUUUAAGAGACUUGCAGUGGAACAGGAAUCUGAGGGACAUUAUGGAUCAGCUGCCUUUUAUUACACUGAAGCCGCCCAAGCUCUUUUGAAUUCUUUGGAGGCUGGUUCCACAACUGAGGGCUUACUUCAGUUGGCUCAGAAGUAUAGCGAAAAAGUGAAGGAGCUCAAAUUGAGAAUUGCCAUGCAGAAUGUGUCCGUACCAAACACCAACAUUAACAAAAGCAAGGUUGAUUUAGCAAGAGCUCGUUGUCUACUGAACGAUGCUGUGUCAGAAGAUGAGAAAGGCAAUGUUUCUGAGGCAAUCGAGCUUUAUACUUUGGCUGUGGAGUUGCUGUUAUCUUUAAAACGAGACAUCAGUGAUAGUUUUUUACUUGAGCAGAUAAAUAAGUUCGCUAAAGAGGGGUUAAAUCGUGCUGAGUUAUUAAAAGCCCAGCUCCAUGAAACACAGCCUUCCUAUUCCGAAUCUCAUCCUACUUGUACUUCGGCUUCACAAAUGAUGGGAGCACCAAAGAAACCUUAUGGUACUGGAAAAGCCAAACCACCUGUUCCACCUUUUCCUAAACGAGGUGCUGGUGGUUUUUCCAUUGAAGAGUUGAAAGUUCUAAAGGCCACAUCGAUAAUUAAUGGUCGUGAGUAUCUACCGUUUCUUGAUUCAAUUGAUCUACGAGAACGAUUUUCAUUCGCUAGUCCUUUUGUUGAUAAAGAUGGACUGUUAGCAUUAUCUAGCAAGCAGACAUCUUUGCUAAGCCGUUGGGUACGUCCUUCUGAAUACAUUGACCAACCAAAGAUGAUUUUGGCGAUAUCAUGUUUUUCAAUAUGCCAAACUGUUGUUACUGACUGUUCAUUUGUUGCAUCGAUAGCUAUAGCUGCUCAAUAUGAAAGACGUUUCAAGAAAAAGCUUAUCACAAAUGUAAUAUAUCCUCAAGGUAAAAAUGGCGAAGCUGUUUAUAAUCCAUGCGGAAAAUAUAUGAUUCGUUUGAAUUUCAACGGUGUCUCUCGAAAAGUAAUUGUGGACGAUUUACUGCCAAUGGGAAAGGAUGGAAAACUAUUGUGCUGUUUUUCUAAUAACCACAACGAAUUAUGGGUAUCCUUAUUGGAGAAAGCUUAUAUGAAAGUGAUGGGUGGAUACGACUUUCCUGGAUCAAAUUCGAAUAUUGAUUUACAUGCUCUGACUGGUUGGAUCCCUGAACGUAUUUCUAUUCGAUCUAGUUCAUCUUAUUUUGAUAAAAACAAAGAAUUUCGCCGUCUUCUGAGUCGUUUCCAUCAAGGUCAUUGUCUAGUUACUGUUGCCACUGGUCAGUUAUCUGAUGAUGAUAGUGAACGUUCUGGUUUGGUUCCAACUCAUGCCUAUGCGAUGCUGGAUAUACGUGAAGUAGAUGGUUAUCGUUUAUUUUUAUUAAAAAAUCCGUGGAGUCAUAUGCGUUGGAAGGGUAACUUUUCAGAACGUGAUUCACAACACUGGACUCCAAGUAUGGAAGUUAAGCUGAAUUUUGAUAGAUCAUCUGCCCAGUUAAUUGAUAAUGGCGUAUUUUGGAUAGACUAUGAUUCAUUAUGUCAUUUCUUCGAUGUCUUUUAUAUUAAUUGGGAUCCAGAAUUGUUCCAGCACACUACAUGUGUUAAUGAUUGUUGGCUUGCUGGAUCUGGACCCAAAAAGGAUUCUUAUGCGAGUGCCGACAAUCCACAGUACAAUCUUGAAGUAUCUGCUCAUGUUGAAUCGCCUAUUUGGAUACUUCUGACGAGGCAUAUUGUAGAUAAAGCGGAUUUUGCUGAAAAUAAGGAAUUUAUUGCAGUUGUUGUGUACAAAGAUGUUAAAUCCCGUAAAAUAUAUUAUCCAUAUGAUCCUGAACCUUAUCGUGAUUCUGUACGCAUCAAUAGUCCACACUGUUUAGUGAAAAUGCUUCAAGAUCCCGGCACAUGUAAUUACAUUUUGCUUAUUUCACAAUAUGAAAAAUCAAAUACAAUUUAUUAUACUCUACGUGUAUAUUCAACAGCACCGUUUACAUUGUCAAAAAUUAAAGAUCCUUAUACAAUAUCGAAACAAAUUACUGGUGAAUGGAAAGGUUCAAAUGCUGGUGGUUCGAUAAAUGACAAGGAAAAGUACAGAAGUAAUCCACGAUAUCAACUUGAGUUACCUAAUAAUGAUGGUGAUAAUCAGAUACUCGCUGAAUUACGUGGGCCCAGGUAAUUUAUUUUUGCCUUACUGCAUAUUGUGUACACAUCACUCCUAGUGAAAUAAGUAAGGGAAUGUAAUGGCAAUCAUGUACAAAGGUGGAUGCACUUGACUGUGAGCUAAAUCUGUUGUAUACGGUGGUGACAGAAUAUAAGGAAUGUAUUCAACUUCCUUUCUUUCAUACUUGGAAUCUAUAUCGUAUUUACAGGCUUCUUCGUGUUGUUCAUUUUUAAUAAACAAUAAAUCCAACUUACUAAGCAUAUAAUUGCCUCAAUAGAGAUCUAGAUAACCUGUGGUCAUUUGAAGUAUGCAUCUGUACACUUAUCUAUGUCUCAUGGGACUAGAAUGAUUCAAGUGCAAAACGAAAUAUAAAUGGGUUUAUCAGGCGUACAGCUUUGCACUGAAAUUAACAUUUCUCCUCUCCUAUAACGUGGAUGUAUUUUGAUAAACUAUAUCAUGUUAUUUCAUCACUUCCAGAUACUUUUGACCGCCCCAGUUAAGUCAGUUGGAGAAAUUCGUAAAAUUAACAAAGACUAGGAUUGAAAUUCAUCUCUUUGUUGAAUUUAGUGCGUCCGUGUCAUUUUCAUAACUCGCAGCAAUGCUUGAACUGUUCGGUAUGAUCAUUAACUUCAUUUUCAAGUGUGCGUGUGUGUGUGAGUUGCCGGAUACACACUGAUUGUUCUCAAGAUGCAAUUUGCUUUAAAUAGAUAAAUAGGCCGACAAUGUUCAGGUUCAUUCAUUGGCUUACGAUAGCUUGGAAAGUGCUGAACGCUUACACUAUGCUCAACACGUAAAUACUGUAGAAUUUAUUCAGACUUAGGGUGUUUCUUGUGCAGAAAAGAAAUAGCUUUGGAAUCAGGAUUAUGGAAAUUCUCUCUAGAUAUUAUGAAAUCAGAAUUAGGUGUUAGUAUUUAGAAGUUGGAUUUUAAGAGUUAAGCUACUGCUUUCAGUGUUUCCAAUUUGAAUAUUUCUUAACCAACAAAAAGAAAAUCUCUGGGUAGGUACAUUUUUUCAGCGCCGGCUAUAAUAUAAUCUAGACUGAGUUCUUCAUAUUUUUCUAAACACGGGACCUAACAGCUACUUGCUGUUUACUCAGGAUGAUACACCUUGAUAGACUUUAGAAAUAUGUAUAUCCCAUAUCAAAGAAAUAUAUUAUAUCUAGAUAACAAACAUUUCUUCACUACUCAUAAUAAUGUUCUGCAUGAUUACUCAAUUUAGUAUUGGCUUUUAGGAGUUGUCACACAGGAUCCGAACAGACACAGAGGCCAAUCAUUAGUUCUUUGUACUUGUCGAAUACCCACAAGUGUGAGACUGACAGAGAACAUCACCGAGCGCUACUUGGGAGAUACUGAAGGAGCAAAAUAACGUGAUACGACAACAUGCCCAAUAGUUUCAAUGCUUGACUGUAUACCUUCAGUCUAACAAUUUAAUUAAAACUAUGAGGGUCAACAUCAAUGUUAAAUGUCAAUGAAGCUUGAGCUGUUGAUUCUGCGGAAUUAUUUGCCGCGGCCGCAUUCGAACCAGCGAACACUGGGUUACCGGCCCGGUGCUCUACCAACUGAGCUACGAGGUCCAGGACCGCCUCUGUUGAUUGAGGCUUUUUUGCGUAUUCGUUUAUUUUUGUAAUUUUUUGAAUAUUUUGUGUAUAGCAUCUCUGAAUUAUUAAACAAUAUUGAUAAUCCGCUACUAUAGAGAUUAUGCACUGGGUUUGGAACUGAUUCGUAUAUCCAUUACAAAUGAUCAAGCACCUAAUCAACAGGAUCGAUUAACUACUGGGGAUUACAGGAGAGGUUACGUUGUUCUAGAGCAAGCUGGUUUAUCUGGAGGUGUAUACAAUAUAGUCGUUUCUACUUAUCGACCUCAUCAAGAAGGACCAUUUAUUUUGUCUGUAAAGUCUGUACGUGACUUUAUAAUAACUGCUGCAUGAAAACGUUUCCUCAUUAUUUCGAGACUUGUUUUAUAUGACUUUCAGAAGUAUUUGUGUUAGAUAACUUCUUUUCUCUUAUAGCAUAGAAUAAUGCAUAUUCAGAU